GUCCCAUUAUCCCGGGCGCUGAUUGGCCGCUGCAAAAGACACGGACCGACCGAGUGAGCUUACGCUGCUGAACACGCCAAGUUCCUCAUCAGGACGACGUCUCAUGCUGCGAAGGCACGUCUGCUUGCUGCUGCUGCUGCUGCGAGCGGCGGCGGUCGCGGCCGACGACUAUCUAUGGACGCCCGUGCUCGCGACGACGUGCGUCAACUGCGACGUGCAGAUCACCGUGCCGAGCUGGAAAAGCCUCCUCGAGAGCAAGGGCUUUAGCCUCGCCAACCUCAAGACGUGUGGCCUCGGCAACGUGACGAUGACGAUCGAGUACCCGUUUGGCAACUACGCGCGCACGUCGUCCGUGACGCCAACGCUCAACUGGACCAACUCGGACCGCGUCACGUACAGCGUCAAGGACACGACCGCGCCAGUGCUUGCGACUGUGGGCACGAGCGUGGUCUCGAUCCCGCUCUCGCCGGCAGCGAUCGCGGCCUUUGCGUCCGACGGGCCGUCGACGCUGACGCUGACAAACCUCAACAGUCCGUAUGUCAACGCGACGUACACGGGCUUUGGGUCGAUCUCGGUCCUCGCCGCCAACAUCAGUCCCUCGUGCAUUAGCAGCGGCAAUGGCAACAACAACAUCAAGCAGACGCUGCUCGAGCCAACGAAAUUCAAAAUCGGCCGCAACUUUACCGGCCUCUCGCUUGCGCUCGUGGGCAACAUCUCGGCGCCGUCGACCGUCAUUGGCUCGUCGACCGAUGUCACCAUAACGCUGACGAGCACGGGCGUCGUGCCGCCCAACACGGUCUUCCAGCUCCUCUCGGCGCUCGAGCUCUCGCACUUCAACGACGCGUUCACGUCGCUCGCCGGCGUCCGCAUCCGCACGCCAAGUGGCGUGCACAACUGCGUAACAUACGCAGGCGCGUCGCGCUUCACGGGAGCGCUCAACGGCACGUUCUUCACGACGCCCGAGCUGGCGCUCGUGCCGCAGAACACCCCGUUCACGCUCACGUUUCUCAACGUCUCGAACCCGAAUGCGACCCUCCAUGCGCUCCGCGUGCUGCAGAUGAACGCCUACUACGUCAACCCGACCAUCAUGGUCAACGUGCUCGGCAGUACGAUGGGCGAUGCCAAGUACUUUACGGUGCUGCAGGCGACCUUUGACGGUGCCAACAACGCGUACGACCUGGCGUCGACGCUCCUCUUUGGCAUUUGCCUCGUCAUCUCGCUCUAUAUCGUGUACAAGCACGGCCUUGCGUUUACAAGCUCGACCGUGUGGACAGACCUCGUGUCGAUAUCGGUCGUCCUCGCCUACGUCUGCUCGUUCUCGGCGUACUUUCUGUGGCUGUUCCGCCCGUCGUCGAUCUUUGUCUACUUGACCGCGGGCCAGUACCUCUUUACGACUGUCAUGAUCGUCUCGCUCUGCUUCCACUGGGCGAGCGUGCUUCGCCUGCAGCUCUUCCGGAAGCUCACGUUCAAGUCGCCGGUCGUCUUCAUGUACAUAGCGAUCAACAUGGUGCUUCUCGGUGGCCUCCUCGGCUGCCUCGUCGUCUUUAGCGGCCAGCUCGAGUGCGUGUACACCAAAGAUGUCACGGGCGCCUUGCGCUACAGUGCGCUGCUCGAUGCGUCGUCGCCGCCGCCCGCCAACGGCUACCAAGUGCUCGACUCGCUCGCCAUGUGCAGCAUGAACGGCUACUACGUCCUCCUAGCCCUGGGGUUCAUGGUCUUUACGCUCUUUUUGGUGCUGCUGGGCGGCGCCGUCAUGUGCCGCGGCCGGUCGCUCAUGCUCUCGGAAGCGCAGCCCGUCGACGACCGCAUGAAUAUGCGCAAGUCGCUCACGAUCUUCUACUGCAUCAUUGCGAGCACGGUCGUCAUCUUCAUCAUCUCGGACAUCAUCUACAUUGCGUCGUACAUUGUCGCCAAGCCGAUCGAGCGCGAUUUCAAGGACUUUGGCAAAACGCCGGGGCCGUCGACCAACGACCAGCGCGUCUCGACCUUUGUGUGGUACCUCUUUACGAUCUGGCUGCCGCAAAUUGGCCCGCCGCUCCUUCUGCUCUUUCUGCACUACGACCCCAAGCGCGAAGACGACAUGCUCGACGAGAUUGCAGUCCUCUCGGCGCCCAAGGACGCCUACCGGAGCACGAACCUCGGGUCGCUCGACACGCCAGAGUCGGAAGCCGUCGGCGACCUCAACGUCUUCAAGUCGCACCGCGAUCACGGCCGGCGGUACGUCGAGCGCGCCGGCACGUUCCUCGAAGAUGCGUCCAACAAGCUCCACGUGAUUGUCAAGCUCAAGGUACCCGAAGGCGCGCUCCCGAGCGUAUGCUACAUGUCGCUCUCCUAUUGCACGCUCCGGACGGCCCACCGUGGCGAGCAGAACAACCGCGAAGUGCUGCUGCAUACGCUGACCAAGGACGCACAGUGGAAGCCCGUGGGCGAGACGGAGCGCCUCACGGAGGCGAUUCCCGGGGAUGCCGACCAGUUCCGGAGCUCGACGUUGGGCAUGAGCAACGUCCCGUUCGUCGCUGUGCUCUCAAUUCCGGUCGCUGGCCUUGCGCCCAACACGCUUGUCCGGUUCCUUCUCCACGCGUCGCUGCCGAGCGAAGACGACGAUGACGACGACGACGAUGACGAAGCAGUGACGCUCCCCCCGAUCCUCGAGUUUGUCACGACGCCGCAGGCCGUCAUGGACGCGGCGUCGCAUGGGCAAGCGCUCGUGGUGAGCGUCGCAGACGCGCAUGACGUCACAUGCCACGAGCUGGUCGUACGCAAGCCGUCGUCCGCGUUUGCGUACGUCAACCCCAAGCUGUACCACGACACAAAGCUCAGCGUCACGACCGUCUCGAUGGGCGAGGCCAGUGCAGGCGACGAGCCGUCGCACCAGAACAUGGGUAACAUCAUCCGGUACUUCCAGUACGAAGCCGAGGUUGGGGACGGUGGCCUCGUCGUCGAGGAGCUCAAGGAGAGCCGGUUUGCCAACAACAUUCCUCGGCAGCUCCUCGAUUUACUGGCGGCCGAGCGCGCGGACGACGUCGAGGUUGCCUCGAAAGACGUGGCGGCCUUCUUGAGCCAGAAGAAGCCGACAAAGGACGGCGGGUUCUACAACCAGAUUCUGCAGACGAUCCAAGACGAGGGAGACGCAACGGUCGUCCGCAUGUGGCUCGAAGACCGGCUCGAGCGCCGGAAAGAGUACCUCUCGCAUUUGCGCAAGAACAUUCAACUGCUCGUGCAGCGCGACAACCAAAAGCGGUACUUCAAGGCCAGCGUCGAAAAGAAGUCGCAGGACCUCAAGUUUGUCCCGAUCAACUUGCACGUUGAAGACUACCUCGUCGGCCCCACGAACGCCUUUGUGAACGAAGAGAAGCGCAAGUCGUCCCGGGACGUGUCGAUCUACGAGUUUACGACCGUCGGUGCGAUGGCGGCGCACUGCUACAAGUUCAAGUCGGGCGGUCUGACGUCCAUGGUCAACAAGGUGCUCAAGCUCCAAGCGCAAGUCGCCGAGAGCGACGGCCCGCGCUGGUCGGACGAAGUGCGCGCGCUUGACGACCUCAAGUGGGACGUCAAGCUGCGCAUGGACGUGUGCUUUUCGCAGGCGCUCUCGGCGCUCGUCGCGAGCUUUGUGCGCAAGAUUGAGCUCGCGUUGCAGAGCCCCGACAUGCAGAAAGGCGAGUCGAUUCUCAACCAGCUCAGCCGGAUUGGGUUCCUCUUUCAGGUCGAGUCGCUCUUGUCGACGCACGGCAAUGAGAUUGGGAUGCUCGAGGACAUGGCCGCCGCCGUCGAGCGCCUCUCGACGGUCGCGUUUGUGCUCUUGGACGUUCGGGACAAGCCGUCCGGUCGGUUCUCGUUCCGGAAGCGGCUCACGAUCAAGGACUUGCAUUCGAGCAGCGACCACAGUAUGAACGACGACGUCGUUGUCAAGGUCCAAGUGGCGGAGAAGCCCAAGAGUCUGAGCAGCUCCAACAUCAAGUACAUUGUGAGCGUCCACGUCAACUGCACCGACACGCCGCUGCCCGGCCGCCUCCUGGACGGCGGUGAGAUCCCGGUCACGCCGCUCCUCUUCACGCAAGGCAUCAACGAAAUGCAAUCGAUCGCCAACAGCACCGAGCGCGCCAAGACUGAGCUCCAGGACGCGAUCAACCUCCGCAACCUCAAGCCCCUCGAAGAGUUUUGCAGCCAGUACAUGCGCUCGCACCAGUCGUGGUCGCUGCAACGGGCAGCCAAGCGCAAGGGCAGUGACGGCGACGGGCUCUCAGAGACUGAGAUUACGCGGCAGCUGCAAACGCUGCGUCUCGCGAUCGAAGAGUCGGCGAGCAGCCUUGUCAAGACCAAGCGUCCGGACAUCCUCACCAAGUCGUCGGACCUCUGCCGCGGCCUCGGCGGCGGUCGCGUCACGAUUUGCAAGAGCGCAAAAGAUCGCACGGCCAUGUCGGUGACGCUCGAGCAAGUCCGAAUUCUGCACCGCUUCCACGGUCUCCCAGCGUACAAGGUGGCGUCGACGGUCGCCGUCAUGCGCACGCACGGUGUACGCAUUGAGAAUGCGCUCAAGAACACGGGCAAGCGCCAAUUUGCCUUCAACAAGCUCCAGCGCUACGCGAUGCCAGAGGACUACCGCUGCCCCGAGUCGGCGGGCGGCACGGGCAACAUUAGCUAAUCAUCGUCAAUAGUACUCGCUAUAUAUCAAUA